AUGAUGGGUGACACAACACCAAUGGAAAAUGUUGUGAUGGGUGCCGCAACACCAACGCAAACUGCUUUGAUGGGUGCUGCAACACCAACGAAAACUGCUUUGAUGGGUGCUGCAACACCAACGAAAACUGCUUUGAUGGGUGCUGCAACACCAACGAAAACUGCUUUGAUGGGUGCUGCAACACCAACGAAAACUGCUUUGAUAGGUGCCGCAACACCAACAAAAACUGCUUUGAUGGGUGCUGCAACACCAACGAAAACUGCUUUGAUAGGUGCCGCAACACCAACAAAAAACUGCUUUGAUGGGUGCUGCAACACCAACGAAAACUGCUUUGAUGGGUGCCGCAACACCAACAAAAACUGCUUUGGCAACAUGGCCGCCAUUCCUCCUCUCUUCACUGUUCAUGACAAUAUGGUCAUCUGUGGUAUUAACGAUGCAACCCUAUUCCAAGGAUGUACGCAAGCUGAGAGAAUUGCUCAUGAAAUAUUCUCUGACAAUUUUAGCACUACAAUGGAUGUAUCUAUCGACAAACUCAACGAUGAACUCAAAACCCUAGCAGGAAUGACUGCUGCACAAGGGCAAAUUCGAUUAUGCCUGGCAUCAAGAAAAAUAUCCCCACCUUCAUCCAAUGGUGCAGAGACGAAUUCCGCAUGA